CAUUCUGCAUUUUUGUAACUUAUUUUGUACAUUUUGUAAUUGUUAGUGAAAACUGACGAUUUCAUAUAUGGCCUUAGGCUGUUUUUUAAUCGAAUAAUUUCAAUUUGUGUAGAAACUUUGGCGCGAAGAUCAACUCUGGGUCAGUGUUAUUUUACAUACGGGCCAUUUCAGUCAAAUUGUUGGCCAUUUGAAACACCGCGCUUGAAGCACACAGUUAUGGUCUUUUCUCAAAUCAGUGCAAGAUAAAGCCACAGCAAAACAUCGACAGUAUGCUGUUUAAGGUGCAGUACCAACAUCACAGAAAGUACAUAAAGCUUACUGGAUCGUCUUAUGAUUCUGUAAUCAAGGAUGUCAAGCAGAAGUUUGACAUCUCCACAGAUCGUAAGGUUUAUUUAGCUGAUGAGACUGGAACAGAAGUAGAUGAAGAUGUUUUUGCUGACAUAAUUGAGCAAAAGCCUGACACUCUCUGGAUGGUAGUUGAUGCUGUGGCUGUAGCAGACUCCCCUGCACACACAAGCUAUCCAUCUUCAAAUAAGACCAAUACACCAUCACUUAAUUCAGUUGCAUCAUCGUCAGACACACAGCCAUCAGACAGCGAUGGUCCUUUCUUUCCACCUAAAAGAGCUCGUUGUGAUGACCAUUUGCAAGAAGCUAAGGAGCUUGUGAAAAGUGUUUUAGAAAAAAAGCCUGCUGGGGAGAAGAUAUUUCAGGAAUACGAAACAACUGGGAAAAUCACAGAUUCCACAAGACGGAUUCUUGUGAACGCAUUAGUUGGAGACAUGAUUGAUAAAUAUGGGAGUAUUCCACCUAAGGACAUCAGAGUUAAAUAUGCAGUUGGGAUUGUGACUCUGUUUCCCUCUCUCAAGGAUCCCUAUUCCAGAAAAGGCUAUGAACACUUCUAUGAUGCAGAAGAACAAGUGACUGCAAAGAUGAAAUCUACUUUCCAGUUUCGCCAAACAAUGAUCCAUGAUCCUGAAAAAUCCUCAUCUGUUCUUUCCUUAUUUCCAAGGUUUCUUGACACAAAAGGACUUGUGCUUCAAGACUUUGAGUUACUAUUUGGAGUGGAGACUGCAUCUAAACUUCUGGAGAAGUGGGACUCUACUCUGAAGCAAAAAGUCAUUCAAGAAGCCAAAAACCUCACCCAGUCACUGCUUUUGAGUUGUCUGAUUCAGUCUGCAGAACACUGCAACACCACUCAAGGAGACUGGGACAGUGAUAUGUCUUCCCUGUUAUUGCUGGUGUAUCUCCUGCCUCCACCUUCUAGUGGAAAUAAGAAGUCUGUCAAGAUCAGUGUGCAAAAUGCUUUGGAUCGCGUAGUAAGAUUUCACAAGUCCUGUUGCAGUUUUGAAGAAGUCCUUGGAUCAACACAGACAACACAGCCCUACAUCUUGGCAGUUGGCACUUCGAAGAGUAGCAUCCAUGACUACUACAUUGCUGUGGAUGAGCGGCUCAUCCCCUGCAUGGCUAAGUCCUCUCUCUCAGCUUUUGAUGAACUUUUUAAAGUUCAUUAUGUGUUUGGCAUUUCAUAUGAUGCCGCUUUGCACAAUAUGUUUACCUUUCUUCAGACCACGAUUUACAACAUUGAUGUAGGCAUUACCCGUGAAAGCCCACGAGUCGGAGAUCUUCGAGCCAAGAUUCUUAAUUAAGUGUUGUUACACCAUCAUCUUUAAAACAUGUUCAGGUGCUUUGUUUGCAAGUUGAAUUUUGAUACAGUUACAGAGUUAAUUCGCCAUCUCAAGAUUACUCAUUCUAUUUUUCCUGGCAGAAAGUUACAGUUGGUAUGCGAUCAGGAUGGGUGUUGUCAAAGAUUUGUUACAUUCUCUGGCUUUAGAAAACAUAUCCAAUGUAGACACAACAGUAAAAGCUCUGAAAUGCAUUCAUUAGAACCUCCCUCUAGUCCCUCUGUCGUGCAGUCCUCCAGCACAGUUUCAGAAAACCCAAGCACAAGUGGUCAUGAGAGAACAUUGCGAACCCAAGAAAUGUGUGCAUCUCUAAUUGCAAAACUGCAGAGUAGUGGAGUACCCACCAAUGUAGUUACAUCAGUGGCUGAAAAUAUGGAGGAACUUGUGUAUGAAUUGCACUCAAACAUUAAAGAGGAUGUUGUUAAGUUGAUUGAAACUGAUGAACACAGGAACGCUAUUGAAGAAUAUUUUGACAGUCUUGAGAAUCCCUUCUCUAAGUUCACAACAGAAACAAAAUGGAAAAAGUAUUUCUUUGAGACUUGGGGUGUUGUAGAACCAGUUGAAAUACCUUUAGGACAGAGAUAUGACACUAGGCGAAAUACAGCUACAGGUACAUACGAUCAGGUGCCAGUCACUGAUAAAUUUGUAUAUGUUCCUUUAUUGCAGACUUUAAGUUUCAUGUUCCGAAAUGAAGAAAUCCAUAAACAUUUUGUACAGCCAAGUGAGGAGAGAGAAAUUUUAAGAGAGUUUUGUGAUGGUAGCUAUUUUAAAGAGCAUUCCCUUUUUUCCAAAGAAAAUAAGUCUCUUCAAAUACAACUUUUUUAUGAUGAUUUUGAAACCUCAAAUCCUCUGGGAUCCAAACAUGGCAUGCAUAAGGUUGGGAGUAUGUAUUUUGUUUUGAGAAACCUGUCUCCUAAGGUCAACUCUGCCCUAAUGAAUAUCCAUCUUUUGGCACUUUUUCACACACAAGAUGUCCAGCGGUAUGGCUUAAAUGCAAUCCUGGAGCCUAUUGUGCGUGAUAUUAAAAUUCUUGAGAGUUCUGGAAUUAAGUUGCCACUCUCUGAAGAACCAAUACGUGGAACAAUAGCUCAAGUAACUGGUGAUAAUCUGGGGGUGCACACACUCUUUGGGUUUGUACAGUCAUUUAGCGCAAACUACUUUUGCAGGUUUUGUCUAAUUGAUAAGCUUUCUUCUCAGACC